GGGAUUGUUGUGGCACCCGUGUUUUUUUGUUUUUGUUUUCUGUUAUAGCUUGGUUUAGUAUCGAGUAGUAAGUUAGCUUGCGGAAGACUCUUCUAUGGUUUGCCACUCCUUUCUCGGGAGACAGGUUUAGCGGGUAAUUGGGCUGUAGAACAGUGUGGUUAGUUAUCCUACACGUAGUUGUGUGUAUUUCCGUCCGUUAAGCACUGGCCCAUGUGUACUAGACUGAGCCAUUGGGUACAUAACGGGGGUCAGGGUGUCCCUGACACCCCAGAUGGGGUCCACUUCUCGCACUGACUGCACAGCACUCUGGGGUCCCCCAGAGCGGCUUCUGCCCCCUCCCCACCAUUCCUGGUCGGGGUUCACAAGGGCAGCUGAAGCACGAAACACUUGCGCUUUCACGUCGAUAUGUUACUGGACACGCAAUCGAAUGACCGUGCUUGGAAACGGACUGAAAGUAAAACGAAUAAAUCUUACAGGAUUCCCAGAAAGUGCCACAUGGCGAGCACAAUUCUGCUCAGCUGACGGGACACCCCGUGAAAAUUCCCACACAAUACCAGAUUAGACCAGCGACUGAAAAAUACUAGUGUCAGAAGUAUUGUGAACUUCAUCUGAAACAUGAAAACAGACAGAACAGAAGGGUUCAAAACAACAAAAAGAGGCCAUUCAGCUCUGAGUCAUCUGGUCUAUGCAUGGUACUUAGUAGCUCAGUGAUCCAGGAUAUCAUCUUGUUCCACACUCCCACAACUCUUUGCGUAAUGAAGUGCCCGCUAUGCUCAGUUUUAAGUGCACUUCCAUGCAGCUUCCGCUUGUGACCUCUGGUUCCUAUUUCCCUGUUGAUUCUGAAGAAAUCCGCAGGGUUGAGUUGGCCAGGGCCUUGUCAAUGAAGAGACCUGGGCAUCCUGAUGUAACUGCUUGCACAUUCUCUGUGAGCCCCUCAGACUCGCGGGCUUCAGGGGUCUCUGUUGCCCUUACUUGCCGAGAGCUCUCCUGGUGUUCAUUACGGUCCUGACGUUCAUAUUAUUAUUGUAUGUUGUAUAUUAAUAUUGAAUGUUCUUGCUAUUGAAUCAGCGAGCAGCUAAGCAGAUCUUUUAUCAAACCAGCUGUCAGUGUUAUACCAAUUUACGACAAAAAUUAUACCAGGGCUGCAGAACGGCAGCGGCGAGGAAGAGAUGAAGCGCUGAAAGAAUUAACCAGCGCAAAAAGGCAGAGAAAAAAGAAAACCGGCGUAAAAGAACUGAGGUUGCGAACGCACAGUAACUCAGCUAAUACCAGAGCCCUAAAUAAAGCAGGUAUAUAAUGGAAAUAAAACUAAUAAAGAAGUAAUUAAAUACACUUAAUGGGCCGCCCACGGUGAAAGUCUGCCCGAGGGUGUUCUAACAGCCCCGGGAGACGCGCUGUCCUGCGUGUGUCUGCGGGACCGAUCGCCGGCGGAGUCUCAAGCGCCUCAGACUGCAGUUCAUAUUCCAAAACCAUUCAGUUUUCCCGUUACAGGUUGGGCCCAAAUCUAUUUUUUCUCAGCGGAGAGCUUUUUCACCCUGCUCUCUGCCAGGUGUCCUGCCUCUUGGUUAUGUGGAUUAUCAGACUGCUGGUUCCUUCCAAUAAUGUGCAAAUAAACGGAAAUUCAUUUGUAGGGUUUUUUCUUUGCAUGAUGUGCAUUUUGUCCCACGCUCAGUAAGCAGUGAGUGGCUAUGCUGACUCCACUAGAACAAUGUUAAGGAGUGAAAAUAAUGUUUGAAAACAGUCCUGCACCAGCUACUCUCGGGAGUAUGUGCAAUCGAAUCGCUCUCUGCUAAUCAGAGGAGGGCUGAAUCAGUCCUGCCUCCGACAGUCAGUGUCACACUGCGAAGAGACCCUGGGACAGCGGGCACAGGACGAUGCAGACACCGUCUCUCCUGAUUCUGCUCUCUCUUGCUGAUGUUCUUGUGUGUGGAGAUCAGACAGUGAGAGGGAAUGUUGGAGGCUCUGUCACUCUGAGAAUUCACAUUACGGACAUCGAGAGAGCCUACAGAGUGGAGUGGGAUUUUGGUAAUGAGACGCACAGUGAACGGAUAGCAGAGCUGAGCAAGUGGGAAAGUAAGAUUGAUUUCCUGGAGAAAUUCAGAGGUCGACUUCAGCUGGACAGAGUGACUGGCUCGCUGACCAUCACUGACCUGGACGUCAAUGACUCUGGACUGUACCAGGUUCGAGCUGUCGGAGGAGAUAAAUUUCAUUCAAGGUUUAUUCUUAAUGUCUAUGGUCCAGUGUCAAAGCCUGAGGUCAGAAAGACCCCAGCAGGAAGAGCCCUGGUCACACAGAAUUGCUCCCUGCUGUGCUCGGUGCAGAAUGGCAGAGAGGUGACCCUGUCCUGGUACAGAGAGGGGGAGGAGAAGCCCCUGUCCAACACCAGCUCCCUCAAUCUAAACAGCACCCUGACUCUCCCUCUGGAGACAGAUGGACAAUACAAUAAUACCUACAGCUGUGUGGCCUCUAACCCUGUCAGUGUCCAGACAACCAGAGUCAAGCCUGAGACUUACUGCCCUGGCUCUGACGCAGAAGCGAGAUUCAGAAACAGAGCUUGGGUUCUGGUGUCUUGUGCUCUCCUGCUCUGCCUAACCCUAAUGACAGCUCUCUUCAUUCUUAUGUGCAAGAAAAGGAGAGACGAGCGGCAGAGUGAAGGCUGUGCUGUCCGGGGGCUGAGUGUGGACUGGAGUUCGGGACCCUGCUGUGGACCCGGACCUCAGCUGCACCUUGAGGUUGAACACCCCUGCUGGGAGUUUCCUGCCCGGCUUCAGUGCCAGACUCCUCUGCCCCUCACCGCGGCCUGGAAUGAUGCAGAGCUCCGACUCCUGGCGUCUCCCCCUGCCCGGCCCCCCUUCACUGAUUACCAGUCCCUCAGCCCACCUGCAUCCAGCAUCCUGGGCGAUCCCGGCGGAAUUUCCUUCACCCAGAGGCGGCCCUGGCUCGUGAAGCUCGUGGGUUUCCUGGACAGUCUAUGUGCCAGCCUGUCUCGUGCCCGGGUGCUGUGAGCUGGCCACUCCCCCUGCACUGUAGGGCCCCUGCUCUUGGGUCCAUUACAUCAUGCGGGGUCAGCCCCGGUGACCUGGGGGCGCUGCCUGGUUGUAACAAACACAUCACACAACACACACCAUACGUUACAACAUUUGCAAAACAAGGUCUCACAGGCCUAAGCUCUAUAGUCCCAGAAACCCAGACUGCUAGGUUUGUAACCUGAAAUCCUAUAUAACAUCUAAACAGACCAAUAAGAGGAACACUCGGCGUCCCAAUCUAACAGAGUCCAACCCAGUGCCAAAUCUAUAAUCCUGAGUGUCCCAGAGUGAUAGGGACUCAGUAUAACAAUUCUACAAAUGUAUCACCAAAUUCAAGACCAGAACAAGGUCCACUCACCUGGUAUUUUUGUUUCCUUGCGUAAUUCUCUCUCUCUUCAUCUCUUUUCUCUGACCUUUCUCUUUCCUGUGUCUUUAUAUGAUGUCUUCCUGUCUGCUAAAUGUUCUUCUUCAGUUUUGAGUAACUAGAGUAGAAGGUUUCUUUUGAUCCUCUGUCUCUUGCAGCUCACCCACAGCUGGGUAAAUAGCUCACUUUCCACCUAGUUUCUACCUAUAGUUCUUUUUUACUUUUAUGACCCCUCGUAACAAUAUUAUCACAACUAUUCUGACAAAUAAAUGACAAAAGCAUCUUUUAGUGCCUUAUUUCUUACCUGAAGGCCAGUGUCUCCUAUAGAGAUUAUGAAAGUGAAGUGCUGACUGCCACUGUGACUCAAAUCAGUUCAGUGAGCUUUAUUGGCAUAACUGAUCAAUCAACACAACAUUUACAAUACAAACGCAUCAUAGGAUAUUUAUGUAAAAAAUACAUCACAUAAAACUUUAUUGAGGGAUGAAUCUCUGUCUGUUCCUCAGGCUGGGACAGGAGAUCACACACUGUAUUUUUAUUAUUGAGAGACAGGCUCACUGUCUG